GACUGGAGUUAUUAGCGGCCACGUGGAUAAGCACAUCAGGUUCUGGGAUACGCGCUCGGGUGAGUGCACGAAUGAGCUCAGCGGUGUACACACGGGGCAAAUCACAUCUCUGGACAUGGCUGAAGAUCGCAAUACCCUACUGACGCAAUCGAGAGACAACACACUCAAGUUGAUCGACUUACGAAUGUCCCAGGUUGUAGCUACGAUGUGGUAUGUGGAGAGGUGGUCGUAUGACUUGUGGACAAAUAUAGCGCACUUCGCAUACAGGCUUGUAGUCAAGCGCACCACCACACUUAUAGAGUCCAACUAUUUUGAUUAUGUUCUAGGUGUGCGCCCCAUGUG